AUGGCAACUGCAAUACAGCAUGCAAUGACCAUGACCCCGUCAUUCAACAGCCAGUGUCUGGAUCCUGACACGGAUUCCUUCUUUGACUUCAGCCAACUUCCUUCCCCAACACCCUCCAGCGCAUCACGACACCCCUCAAACGCUGCAUCGACCAUCACUAGCCCUACAAACACCGCACUCGACGGCGAGGACCUUCAGACUCCAGCGAAACCCAGCCAUGAGUAUGAUCGCUUCAAGCAGCAGACCGGUCUUCCCUCUGGCUCUAUUGCUGGUCUCAGCCAGCCGUUCAAUGGAGGCUACUCGAUGUUCUCGUCCACUGGCCUGGAUGAGGUGAGCUUAAUGGGCGAUUCUUCCAUGUUGGAUGCUGGGUGGAAUAGUGGGCUGGGAAUGGGAUCAGACGUGAACAUGAAUCUCGACCUCUCCCUGUCGCAACCCGCCUAUUUCUAUCCCAACGACGCGUCCCAAUCACAGCCGGAUGCUUUCGUGGACCCCAGCGCCAUUACGCAAGAGGAGGUUACGAACGUCCGCGUGUGGCCUGGAAUGCAUCAGCAACAGGCCGCCUUGGCGAAGGCUCAGGCACAAGCCCAGCAGCAGCGACAACAGCAGCUGGCUCAGCAGCAACAGAAGCAGGCCACCCACCAGCAACAAAAUCGUCUCCAUCCUAAUAGGAGGAGUGGUUCCCAUCAGAUCACCGAUGCUCGCACCGAGGAGACGAUCGCUCGGGUCGUCAACCAGAUCCGUCAAAACAGCCAGAAUACACUAGGCUCGCAAGCUGACAGGGACUCUCAAGGCCUGCUACCUCACAUCGUCCGCAUGAAGAAGGAUGAGGAAGACAUGGACGAGGAUGAGAGGCUCCUUGCCUCUGAAGAAGGCAAGAAGCUCAGCUCCAAGGAGCGACGCCAACUUCGAAACAAGGUUUCCGCUCGCGCCUUCCGUUCCAGGAGAAAGGAGUAUAUCGGCCAGCUUGAAGGCGAAGUUGCCAUGAAGACAAAUGAAGCCAACGAGCUUCGCUCCCAAAACCGCGCUCUCAUGGAGGAGAAUGCUCGCUCAAGGGCUUUCAUCGAGCGCCUUCUGCGACAUCAAGCUUUCACUCCGUUCCUUGAGGAACUGUCGCGUGAUGAGAGCCUCGAGGCUAAGCCGAGCAUGUCCAUGUCAACAGCCCCUACUCCGACUCCAGCCCCAGCCCGUAAGGAUAUCAACCCGUACCAGGGUCAGCAGUUUGGCAGCAUAUCGCAACCCGAGAACCCCCAGAUUGGGAUGGCUCUUAUCCCCGAGACGCAGUUGGACUUGUCUAUACUCAACCUCAACACGAGCAGCAACAACUGGGGAAUGAACAGCAUGAACUCAUUCAACUUCCAGCAGCCCCAGGUUUACGCUGUCCUCGAGCUCCCAGAGGGACCAUCGACCCCUAUCGACACUGAUGCUUUGUCUGGUAAAGGUCACGGCUCGUUCCUCGCUGAGGACUCUUCUCCCAUCGAAGACGUUAAGCCCGACUUCCCCGUGAUCGAGCGUCCCAUAGAAUCUAAGAAGCCCGCCCCUGUUGAGGUUGACGAGGAGGAUGAUGAUCCCGAGUUUGACCUGUACCGCUCCUCGCCCGCUCCAUCUACCAUUACCACCACUGUCGCUCCUCUCGAAGACCAUGAAUCACUUUUCGGUGACGCCAGCCCGGAGAAGGUGUUCGCUCAUUUUGAGCUCUUCAUCUCUGAUGAAGCUGAGACGCAACGGUUGAUGGAGCGCUUCGAGAGGAUGUGUGCUGCCAUGGAACCCGCCUUUCAGAGGAUACAAGCACUCACGUCCCACCUCGACUCGUGA